GGUUGUUUCCGUUGAGCUCUUCCGGUAUCGAACACGUGAGAACAGUUGACAUUGCGCGGUCAGGACCGAGGCUGAUCUGAGGAUGAAAACAUUUGGAUUCACGAACUAGUCAUCAUGGGGUCGUCCUCUGCACAGCUGUGUCUAAGAUGCAGAAGUCUUCUUUGCAGCGUUCCACCGGCCUCAAACACUCUAGUUCGACAUUGCACAAUGGCCUCAAGCGCAGCCUCCAGAAUCCUCAAAGGGACCUCAAUUUUCACAGGGAAUCACCGAACAACUCAGGCAAGACAGAGGUGGAAACAACAGAUGUUAUAUUACAGUGACUUAUCAGACAAACAUCUGGCAACUGAGGCUAAAGAAGACAAGUUCACAGAAGAGUUGUCAAGAACGGAUGUUGUGGCAUACAAGAGCCCCCUGUCGCCAAUCAGAGAUGCGGUGCCAGUGAAUGAAAACCAGAUGCCAUUAGAUCUGGAUGCUGUUGCUGAAUUUUCUGCAUUAGAGGAGAUCAAUGAUGAAGAGGCCAUCAGUAUAUCUAUUCCUGCAGCCAUGCCUCCAGCCUCCACCUCACUUAGAGACUAUGUUGACAAGUCGGAGACACUCAGCAAGCUGGUACAACUAGGUGUGAGUCUGUGGAAGCUUGAAAAAAGGCCCAACGUGGGUUCCAUGCUGCUGAGGCUGGACUUCAACACAGACGUGGCCCCAAGGCUGCUGUUUCUCAAAGGGAUCGGGGUGGAGGAAUCUCGCUUUGGCUAUAUCAUCACACACAACCCCUUCAUUCUCACAGAGAGUUUGGAAAACCUGCAGACCAGGGUGAACUAUCUCAAGUCAAAGAAGUUCAGCUCUGAGACUCUUGCAUCCAUGGUAUCCAGAGCUCCGCAUCUGCUAAACUUCAGUGUGAAGAGAAUGGACAACAGACUGGGUUUUUAUCAGCAGCAACUUCAGCUCAGUGCUUCUAAUGCCCGAAACAUUGUCGCUCGUCUACCCAGGUUACUGUGUGGCAGUUUGGAGCCUGUUAAAGAAAAUCUGAAGGUUUGUAAAAUCGAGCUUGGCUUUAAGGAGAAUGAAAUCCAACACAUUGUUAUUGCCGUCCCCAAAGUGCUGACCGCCAAUAAAAGAAAGCUCACUCAAAUAUUUGACCUCCUCCACAACACCAUGAAGGUGCCCCACCACCUGAUCACCAAGUUCCCACAGGUCCUGAACACCAAAUACUUGCGCAUCAGAGAACGCCACCUGUUCCUCGAGUACCUGGGAAAAGCUCAGUAUGACACAACGCUGCCCAACUACAUCUCCCUGGACCGCCUGGUGUCUUUACCAGAUGAGGCUUUUUGCACUGAACUGGCUUCGGCCACGUUGGAAGAUUUCUAUAUGUUCCAAAAGACACUUUGAUUCUUUAUGAAGAUGCAUAAAAGUGGACGUAAAAUGAAUACCAUAAAGUCAAAACCACGUAUACAUGGAUGUCUUUAAACAAGAAAUGUAGUGCAUAAAUGGAGUUUGGAAUUAAACCUUUGCUUUGUAAAUGUGAUGUUUAAUAAAUGCACACUGUGUAUAUAAGCUCCUCUAUCUAAAACAACUGCAUCUAAUAAGACCAUGAACAUGAUAAAGGUUUUGAAUGCUUGUGGAUUUGCUUCAGAUGAGGGACUGUGUGAAAUGAUCAUCUGUAAAAUCAUGUGUAAUCAGAAAAGAUAAAGAUUUUCAAUGUGGAAAAAA